AAAUCUACCGGAGGGAAGUCGAAGUCUGGCGUUACUCAAGCAGGAGGAGGAGUUGCAGGAUCCGGUGCUACCACAACACCAAGAACGAUACAGACUCGCAGUCAGAAAGCUGGCCUCCAGUUCCCCGUUGGUCGUAUCCACCGUUACUUGAAACAGCGCACGCAGCACAAUGUGCGUAUUGGAGCAAAGGCUGCUGUGUAUACCAGCGCAAUAUUAGAGUAUCUCACUGCUGAAGUACUUGAACUUGCUGGAAAUGCAUCAAAGGACUUGCGCGUCAAACGUAUAACACCCCGGCAUUUGCAACUUGCCAUUCGAGGGGAUGAAGAACUCGAUAUCCUUGUUCGCGCCACAAUCGCCGGAGGAGGCGUAUUACCAUUCAUCCACAAGAGUUUGACAGCUGCUUCAGGCAAGAAGAAGCUU